AAGAGGAACCCUAAUAGGGAUCGACCGGAGCGUUGCUCGCCUCUCUUUCUUCUUGCUUUCGUCCACGAUCGCCUCAAUUGCUUCCGCACGAUGGUUUACAUCGCGUCCUGGGACGAGUUCGCGGAGAGAUCGGUGCAGCUAUUCCGCGCGGAUCCCCAUUCGUCGCGGUAUGUGAUGAAGUACAGGCACUGCGAUGGAAAGCUGGUCCUCAAGGUCACCGACAAUCGAGAGUGCCUAAAGUUCAAGACAGACCAGGCUCAGGAUGCGAAAAAAAUGGAGAAACUCACCAACAUCUUUUUCACACUGAUGGUUCGUGGCCCUGAUGCUGACAUAUCAGAAGCAUCAGGCAAGGAACAGGUCGAGCAGGUUGCAUCCAAGAAAGGAAGAGGAAGGAGGCAGUAAAUCUUUGAUCAGCAGUUUGUUCCUUGCCACUGCCAUGUAGUUUUCGGCAAAGAAGUUCUGGAUAACAUAUCCUAACAUCAGAUCUGGAUGGGGACUUAAAUUUAAGUUGAACCAUAGACGAUUUUUCACAUAUUCAACAUUGCAUUGUUUUAGUGGCAAAUAUUUCUAGUUAAGAUGGAUCAGUUCAACUGUGA